UCAUUCUCGCCCACUUGCUGUGCUGUUUAAUCGCCUGCUGGACUGCCGCUGAGGCUCGACCUGCUGCUGCUGCUGCUGCUGUGGUGAAAUUGCGCGGGUGGAACUCCGAGGAGCUGCUGGAUGCGACGCUCAAAUUCUCCUGGCGAAUCCAAACCCCCUAAAACGAAUCUGCAUGUGCUGAAAGCGGAGAGGGAACGAUUCCCGACGACUGAUCGCUUUUUCUUCUACUCGGCGAUCCGGCUUGAGCCGUGCGGAGGAAACACUAACGGCCACCGAUGGCUUUUGCGAUGCUACGGCCUAUGGCGGCUCAUCUCAUUUACCCCGACCUCAGCAUGCUGUCCGAAGACGAAGAGAACCGGAGUGAAAGCGACGGCAGCUCCGAUCAGAGCUACGGCUGCUGCGAUUCAGAGGACAAGCGGCGGCGCAUCUCCCGGAAGGCGUGCGUUGACGGAGUGCUGGGGAAGCCGCGGCAGGCGGCGAACGCCCGAGAGAGAGACCGGACGCAGAGCGUGAACACCGCCUUCAGCGCCCUGCGCACUCUCAUUCCAACCGAGCCCGUGGACAGAAAGCUCUCCAAGAUCGAGACCCUGCGCCUGGCGUCUUCGUAUAUCGCCCACCUGGCCAACGUGCUGCUACUCGGAGAGAACACCGAAGACGGACAGCCGUGCCUGACCGCGGUUUACGGGAGCCACGGCGAGCUGGAUGGCAAACAGCCGCGGACCAUUUGCACCUUCUGCCUCAGCAACCAGAGGAAAGGGGUGAAGGGCAGCAGGGACUGCCUGAAGAUGAGGGCGGUGAGGAUGAGCCGCAGAUAACACGUCUGCUGUCUUCUCCGGUGGGCUUCUCCCUUCCCUUGUGACUGGCAUCACUGCAGCUGCCGUGCAAGGAGAGACCAGGCUGGAAAGCGAAGGCGGACAUUUCAAGUAAGACGGAUGCGGGACUUGUGUUUUAGGUCUGCUUGUUGAACACACUGAAGGACGUCAGUCCACCAUUUGUGACAUGAGUGCCACUUUCACACUUUAAUGCAGAGCAUCAAGGGGUUGAUAUUAUCCGUUGAAUUAGAGGCGCGGUUAUUUUUAUAUUCAUUUUGUAAACUUUUUUUUUGUUGUUG